UAACAUACGUUUUAUUUUACCCACUCACUCCCACUAUCCUUAUUUAAUAAGGUGACCUAUCCAUCAGAGAGUUCGUCAUAAUAGUGCUUACAAAGUAAAAGCUUUAAGUAGGAUUAAAGAGUCCUCACGAGAUGAAUGAUUUUCUUGUGAAACGCGUUAUAUACGUGAUAUUCUAGUAUCUCCCUUUAUUACAGAUCGUCUGCCUGAUUGCGAGGAGCAAAAGAAGACAUGAAAGUCUUGCGAGAUUGUCUGCUGAUCCUGAUCCACGUAAAAGCUAUUGCCGUGUACACGAAAGGAACCACAGUUCCGGGUCAUGAAGGAACGUCCUUCUUAAUGGGGUUUCUCGAAAUGGACAACGACAAGGGGAUAUCGAGGAUCUGCGUGACCUCGGGUGAACCAUCGCUAAUAACCAUAAAAAUCCCGUACCUAAGCAGAAAUAUCACAACGCGCGUCACUCCCGGAGUUACGACAAAAAUCGACUUGCCCACGACAAUACGCAUGCGUGGACUAUCUCGCGAGGACAAAGGCAUCUUGAUUGCUAGCGACAACACGAUAUCCGUAUACGCGACAAACGCGCGGGCCAAAUCGCGAGAUGCUUACGUCAUUUUCCCGACCUCCGCGCUAGGCACCGAAUACGUGGUGACAACAUAUGAACCGAUAAACAAAGCCCUUGUCGGCAUUAUAGCCCUACGAGAUAAUACCCUGAUUCAAAUUAAGCUACGUCUAGAGGGAAGUAUCACGUACAAGGGUAAAGUGUUUACAAAUGGGGAUAUACUGAGGAUAUUUUUGAAUAAACAACAAACAUUCCAGCUUCAACAUAAACGAGAUCUUACAGGUACGUUUGUGGUCUCCUCAGGACCUGUAGUGGUAAUAGGGGGUAAUAUACGCACCAAGGUCCCAACGACUGUAAGCGGUCUCUCGCACCUCGCUACCCAGCUGGUACCAGUCUCCAAAUGGGGCACGCGGUUCAUGACGUCACCAAUAGCAGGGCGAAAACGAGACGGGGACCUCCUCAAGAUCGUUGCGGCCUUUGAUAAUACAACCGUGUCGGUACACGGUGAACAGAACUUCACCCUGAACGCAGGGGGGUGGCGUUUGCUCAACGUUGGUCAUAGUGAGACCAGGUACAUUGUUUUCACCGAGCCCGCGAUGCUCCUGCAGUACAAUAGGGGAUCUUCAGGGAGAAUCCACUCAGAGCCAUUCUCCCUGAUGGUCCCCCCUAUUGCGCAAUAUGCAAAGGACUUCAACUUGCCGAUUCCAGUGGAUCUUAAGAGACCACCGUUUGUCAACUAUCUAAGCUUCAUAGUGAAGACCUCGGAAGUAAGGUAUGUUGUUUUUGACAGGGGAUAUUGCAAUGGAAACCUGACACAGGUUCCAAUACCAAGCACCAACUACAGCGUAUACUGGUGCCCGCUUCGUACAAUAAACGUGUCGAAGACGAUCUCAAUAAGCAAUGCUUCGAAAGGAGGAGGGAUUGCUCCGUACAUCGUCGGCCACACAGACAAAGACGGUUAUGGCUACUUGGGAGGAAUGGAAAUGAGGGAUGUGAAUUGUCGUCGUCUCUUCCCGGAGGGGAUAACGACGGAUAACAGUUGUGAUUGGGGGAUGUAUAGGAACACUGUUAAUAUCACUAGCUGUGAUCCCAAUUUAUCCAUAGCUCAAAUUCCUAUACCCAAAAGUGAAUACUUGAAAGAUUGCGAGAUUAAAACCAGCACUCUUAAGGAAAACUGCGAGAGAAAGGUUAUUAGAACUUGGAGAUUGAACUCAUCUAUAGUAGCAAAACAAGAAAUAAGAUGGAAGAAACUAAAACCUAUGCUCGUAUUUUCAACAUUCAUUCGUAUCAAUACAUCUGAUCUGUCUGCGUUGGAGGGCGAUGUGCGCAACAUGUCACGACUGUGUCCUGGGGAUAGAUUGGAUUUCAAUGACACCACGCGUGUCCGGGGGAAUGGGACGAAGUUGGUAAAAAGACUGUGGAUAAUACGAGAGGAAUGUGGACGAAUUACAACAGCCAGACAAAGUAUCAUAGUACCUGCCACUGACGAUGUUCAAUGCGAAGAACAUAAAUCAAGCGUGUCGCUGGCCCUGAUUCUAAGUCUAUCACUGGGAAUCUUUUUACUCGUGUUGGUAAUAGUAUGCAUCUUUAUAGCGUGGAAGAAACAUGUGUCGAGAACGCUAACAAUAUCCACGCAACCAGCUCGUCAGACCGUUGUCAAGGAGACCGCGGCAAGUGACGAAGACUUUUACAUAAGGAAUAAUGCAAACAGCAUUGAGAACGGCGCUUAUACGGAGAUAAACGGCAACGCAAACCACAUUACAUACAAAAGAGACAAAGAGUCUUCACUCUUUUGUCCACGGAAUAUGGAAGAACAUCCGUCACGCCGGAGCUAGGGGCUCGUGAAAACGAUGUAGAACGCCCGGGGUUCUAUGCUGCUCUUUGUUGAAGCGACCGAGCUUUUGGAAAGUUACCGAGAUCGGGAAUACAAAGCGGUUAAUUGACAGCUGAGGACCGGCAUUAUAUGAAAAAAACUAUGGAAGAUCGUAAAACAUUUAGUUAAAAUGCUGUUUUCAAAUGUAGACUAAUUGACGAAGCUGAUUAGAAGAGUUUUAAGGGGAGGUAGUAAAAAUGAAACUA